CACAUACCUCUCCCUCUCUCUCUCCUUUGCAUAUCCUUUUUAUUUUCAUUCUUCGUCUUCUUUCCUGCAGAUUUCAACUCUUUUUUUUUUCUGAAGUUUUGCUUGAAUAUGCCUCCAGAAACAGUGCACGGAGGAGUCAAAAAAGAAUUCUCAGUCCGCUUCCAUGACCAAUAUAGAGACUGGCUCAAUAGUCGCUACGAAAAAGAUGUAGAAGAUCCCAAACAAAAACAACAUCUUUCUGCAGCAAUUUUGAAGAAGAGGAAGGACAAGACUGAGGAUAUGCCCGCUGAGGAGGAUCGUGUGGUAACCGACUCUUCACCUCCCGUUCCAACAAUUCAUGGGUUCGAGAACGAGAUCAAGUCCCUGAAGCACUUCUUGUUGGAUCAAAAGGUUAAAAAGGAGUUCAAGAGUCUUGUGAUUGUCGGAGAGUAUGGUGUUGGGAAGACAGCAUUAUGCAAGAAGAUCUUCAAUGACAAAGAUGUGACGAGUGUUUAUGCCCCGAGGAUUUGGGUUUCCAUGGACAGAAAGAAGGGUCAAAACAACAGCCCUGAAAAGGAGAGACUUGAUGGGAAGAUAUAUGUGUUGAAGAAGAUCUUGACAGCUCUGGGAGUCAAAGAUUCGAUCCUCGAAACUAUCCGUAGAGAUGCUAAUAAUGAAGCUAAGGAGAAUCAGGAAAAUGCAAGCAAUCAACAAGCUGGAGAAAUUGAUAGAGAUACGGCGGAUGAGAAGGAGCUCUCUGCUCUGCUCUAUGCACUUCACUUGAGUCUGAGGUGGAAGAAGUAUCUGAUUGUCUUUGAUGAUGUGCGAGAAGAGGACCACUGGGACGAGAUUCUUCAGGACGACGAGGAGAAACUCAAGAAGGAGAAGAAAUGGGGAAAGUAUCUGUCAGAUGGAUUCCCUAAAGGAUCUGGUGGAAGAGUCAUAUACACGACCAGGAAUGAGGAUGAGAAGGAUGAGAAGGAUACUCUAGCAAAGAAGCUAGUUGCAGAGGAACAUGAGAUACAUCGUCUUUGGCCUCUGACCGAUACUGGGAGUGUCUGGAACAUAUAUGAAGAAGCCCUCAUAAAGAAUGGGGAAAAGCCUCCAAGGAAUGACAAGAAAUGCAUAGAUGAGCUGAUGAACAAGUCUCGUGGUCUUCCUUUAGCUGCUAGUCUGUUGGCUGAGCUUCUUCCCGUGUUUCUUGACGAUGAAAAAACUGAAGAGAACGAUUCUGAAACUCCCGAAUCAGACAGCAACACC